AUGUCGAUUAAACUGCAGAAAGGUCUCAUUACAAUAUUUGAGAAAGUGCUAAAUAGCUGUAUGCUCAUCUGGACUCAUUCAGACAAGGGAGACAAAAAAGAAGUUCAAGGAUCCCAAUGCACCCAAGAGGCCUCCUCUUGUUUUGUCCGGAGUAUCGCCCCCAAAUCAAAGGAGAGAUGUGGAAUAAUACCUUAUGAGAAGAAGGCUGCUAAGCUGAAGGACGAAAAGGAUAUCGCUGCCUACCAGGCUGAAGGAAAGCCCGAUGCAGCAAAAAACGGAGUCAUCAAGGCUGAGAAAAGCAAGAACAAGAAGGAAGAUGAGGAAGAAGAAGAAGAGGAGGAGGAUGAAGAGGAUCAAGAUGAAGGAUAA